AUGUCUCUCUCUCUCAUAGUAGUAACAGUGGCGCAAAAAAAUCUGCCGUUCCGAAGGCCCAAGCCCUACGCUAAGGCUAAGCGAAGCACCCUUCAGCGUUGGAUGAGUGGCAUCGAUGAGAACACUUCCUCUGAUGGACAGUACCCGACGGGGACCAAUCACCUGCAGUCGAGCUGCGAUUGGUCAAGGUGCAAACGUGAAUUGAUGGAGCGGCGACAUCAAGGAGUCAUUUCUGAAGAGCCGGCUUCGAGGGAGGUGCAGCUGCCGUCUUUGCGCGCUCUUACUGUAACCGUCAAACCUACGGAUUUAUUCCGCUACAAGGUCACCAGCAACAUACAGAGUUGCACAAUGAGUGAAGUAUCCGCCUACCUCCAACCUGAUCACUUCGAUUCGGAUAAGAAGAAUGUGUCGUUGUCGCCUUUUUUCCCACACCGCACAAUGGCCAAAUCGCCGAUGGCGGUGAGCAGCAGCAAUGGACUUCAAAGGCUCGCCUCAGAUCCUCCCACGGUUGCCGCCGCUGUUGCCCAGAAUGAUUUUCUUGGCCAAAACCCCCUCCUUCUUCUGGCACGCACUUGUCAGAAUAUCGGAGUGGAAACAAAGUCUACGUCUUCAUCCUCCACAAGCUCCUCUUCCUCCAAGUCAAUCGCCAACGGAGCAACCUCAAUGAAACCCUCCAACCCCUUUUCUGUCUCUAAUUCCCUCGGCAAACCACCUCCGAAUAGAACAGCAGCGAAGACGACCACUACGAUGAUUCCUCCGCUGCCGAGUUUUCCUCCCGUCAACGGAGCGACGUCGCACAGCCCAAAGUGUACUCAGUCAUCGGCGCCACCGUCUUCGUCGUCAGCAACACCCUCUCACACCACCGAAGAGCCAGAACUCUACAUUCCACCCUCCUCAAAUUCUCUUAUACAGCUUGCUAGACUUUCCUCCAGUCUUAAAUUACCCAGUCCUGCUGCCGGUGAGCGACAGAAGCGGUCCACCAAGUCAAUUGAUGCGCCCAAGUUCCAUUUAGGUCUUACUGGGCCCGGUGGUACGAGUUCGAGGCCUCAGAAGCGAGCUCGGAGGCAGUCUUUCGGUCGCACCGCCCCCUCCUCUCUUUCCGGCGCCACAAAACCCCUUGACUUUUCCUCGCAUUUUUCCUCCCACUCCUCACCUCUUUCUGUCUCCUCUUCGGUCUCUCCUUCCUCUUUGCGCUCCACGCCUCCGUCACGCACCACGCCGCCUCCAGCACCGCCACCAGCACCUACCAACCCCGCCUUGUUUGAUUUUAUGAAAAGCCUUGCUGGUCUCUCUGUGCCAACCGAUUCCUCAUCCACCAAUACCACCACAAACACCACUUCCCCAAAUACCCUAGAAGCCUUCUUCAAUGUUGGAAGUCUCCUUGGCGCCUCUCCGGAAAGUUUACAUAAACUUUUGGUUUCAAUAGCGCAUUCCUUAUCGGAACGUCGGGCAGCGGAGUCGAAUUUCCUUCUAGAACAACAGCAAAAGCAGCAACAAUCGAAAGCGAUCCACAGUGUGAUUUCUGACCCUAGUACUCAAUGUCUCUACUGCGGUCACGUUUGUUCCGACAUGGGUAGCCUUGUACAACAUAUCUACACCCAUUUGGCGUCGCUGCACAAACAGCAGACAGAGACUCCAUCCCUUCCACAGGUGGUGCCACCGCCACCACCGCCGCCGCCUGCGCCCAUUGUUGCACCCGCCAAUACAUCUCCCUUCGACUUCGUUGCCUUUUACGCAAAGUUGCUGCAAAAGACACCGGAAAGCCUUCCAAGUGUCCCACCUCCGAUUAUCCCCACCGACCCCAAUGCACUCUUCCUCGCCUGGCUGAACGUCUUUCGUCCAGCAUAUGCGGAGGCACUGGCAGGGGGUACGAAUCAGUGA